UGAGCGGCUGAGCCUGACCUUGCCUCCGCCUCCGGCGUACUGUAGUCCGGUCCGGCCUCAGACAAAACCCCCCUCCUCCACGGCCGUCGCCACCGUCGCCAUGUCCUUGCCACGCCUCGCCGCCUUCUACUGGCCGCGCCUCCGCGCCGCCGACCGGGACGACGUCAGAGCCGCCGGGAUGGGCCACGGCCUGGACCCGGAGGGGAUCACGAUCACCCCGCUCAUGGACAUGGUGCUCGGCUUCCUCUACCAGUCCAUCCCCAGGCCGCCCGUCUCCGCCUCCGCCUCCCUCUCCGCCGCCGCCGCCACCGGCGACGGCGGUGGCGACGACCGCAUCAGCCUCCUCCCCGACGACAUCCUCCGCGCCGUCGUCUCCCGCCUCCCCGCCAAGGACGGCGCGCGCACCGCCGUGCUCUCCUCCCGCUGGCGCCGCCUCUGGCGCUCCACCCCGCUCGUCCUCGUCGACACCCACCUCCUCCCGCGGCGGGGGGGAGGCCGCCCCGCGCGCGCGGGCGCCGCCUCGCGCGCCGUCGCCGACGCCGUCUCCCGCGUCCUGGAGGCGCACCCGGGGCCCUUCCCCUUCGUCAGCCUCUCCUGCAGCUUCAUCGGCGACGACGCGCAGCGCGGCGUGGCGGCGCGGUGGCUCGACCUCCUCGCCGCCAAGGGCGUCGAGCACCUCGUCUUCGUCAACCGCCCCUGCCCGCUCCCCGGCGUGACCCUCCCCGCCGCGCUCUUCAACUGCUCCUCACUCCGCCGCCUCUACAUCGGCUCAUGGGAGCUCCCCGACACCGCCUCCAUCCCUCUCCCUCGCGCCGCCGCCGCCGCCGCCUUCCCCAACCUGCGGGAGCUCGUCCUCGGGUGCGUGGUCAUGGUUGACGGCGACCUCCCCUUUCUGCUCGCCGCGAGCCCUGCUCUGGAGACCCUCGCCGUGUUCGGGAUCCUCAACACGCUGCGGGCGCGCCUCUCCAGCGGCAGCCUACGGUGCGCGCAGUUCUGCUUGUCGUUCAUGGAGGAAGUGGCCGUGCUGGAUGCUCCGCACCUCGAGCGGCUAUUCCUCUGGAGAAACAUCAAGAACACCAGGGUCAAGAUUGGCCAUGCUCCUCAGCUUCGUAUGCUUGGUUACCUGCAGCCAGGAGUGCACCAACUGGAGAUCGGUAACACCAUCAUCAAGGCAAGAACAAUUGUGAGGCCAGGCACCACUGUCCCGAGCGUCAAUAUGCUGGCCUUGCACCUGCAUUUCGGAGUUCGGAAUGAAGUGAAAAUGCUGCCCAGCUUCCUCAGAUGCUUUCCCAACGUUGAGACGCUGUGUAUCGAGUCUGAAGAAGCACCUGGACGCACUAGCAACAUUGAUGUCAACUUCUGGCAGGAGGCCGGCCCCAUUGAAUGUGUCCAGUCACACCUUAAGAUGAUGAUCUUACGGGAGUUCCAAGGGGAGGAAAGCGAGCUUUCCUUCCUCAAGUUCGUCGGCGAGAAUGCUCGAGUGCUGGAGAAGAUGGUGAUUGUGAUGAAACUUGGAAGGUACUCUGCACCGGAAGAGGUGGCAGCCAAAGUGAUGGAUCUGCAAUCUGCUAAAUGGGCAAGGGAAGGCAACAAACUGGGGUUCUUGAUCAGUAGACUUCGUGCAGGGGGUAGCGCUUGGAGCCUCCGAGAUGGAACUGAUCUGUCAUGUGAUGAUCCUUUUAUGUGCCUCUGAAUUCAGAGCUCAAAUGAGGCUGGCUACGUACAUAUUUCGACACCCAAGAUUUCACCUGCAGUAGGCUAGUAGCUGUGGUGACUACUCCUAGAUGCAAGGCACUGAUUUAGAUUGUUGUGCUGUCUUUUGGGUUGGACAGGAUUCAACCAAUUACAUUUGUGGUGACUACUCCUAAUUGCUGGAUUUCUAUCCACUAUUCCCCCAAACAAAAGAAUAUCAUGCCACAUGUUUCUAUCUGAAUCUGAAUGACAGAAUGGUACUCUCUGAGUUCCAUGCUUCGUACA